AUGGAGCAAGAUCAGGUGGCUCCGGUUGAGGUGAACGGUGGCGCGGAGCAGCACGAGCAGCACGACGACGGAGGGAUCGAUCUUGGGGGUGGUGGUGGCGCUGGAUCCGACGGACCGCCGAGUAUCCUCGGGGUCGGUCCACCGAGCCCGCUGACCGGGUGUUAUCUGUUGAUCAUCAUCGGUGAGCCCCACUCGCAGGACCAUAAGGAUAUUAUCCUCCAACGGCUCAUCAAAGGCUUUCUGUCAUGGAACGUCGGCGAUUUCCAUGUCGACCUGGAGGAAGAGCUGCAUACCAUCACGUUGCAGGCGCUGGAAGGCGACGAAGGAAAGCACGGUGAACGGCUGAUUCAGUACGCCAGCGAGAACCUGGUUACGGAGAUCCUGAUUCACCCGCAAGUCAACACCUUCAUCCAGUGCAUCCGGAAUCUGCUCAGUAGCUUCACGCGACACCGACACAUCAUCCACACGGGCUACACCUUCGCCGGAAAUGGAUCCUGGAUACUGCAGGAUGGAACCUUCUCGGUGGUUGACUUCAUGGAGGCGUUCCAGGAGCACGAGGUCCAGCGGGUGCUCCGCGCGUACCCCGAUACGAUCACGAUGGACGUCCACUGUGCCCCCGGCGGCCAGUGGCACACGAUUCAGGACAAGUCCUUUACGCGGCUGUGCGAGAUUCGCCUCAAUCCGGUCGACGUGCUGAGCUCGGGCAGCGAAAAGCUGAACUCCUUCGUCGCUUAUCUGUCGUCCAUGAUCGUCCCGACGGAGAUUUCGGAGCUGCUGGAAAGCUCGGACGUCGUCGGCAACAUUCGCUUCAGUCACCCGACGCUCUACGUCUUCCCCGGUGGCCAAGGAGACGCCGCCCUGUUCGGAAUCAAUGGCUUUAACAUGUUGGUUGACGGAGGGUUCAGCCGCAAGUCCUGCUUCUGGGACUUUGUGCGCCACCUGGACCGGCUCGAUGCGGUGCUGAUGACGCGCAUCAACAACACCAACGUCAACGGUGUCUCGUCGGUGGUGGAGCGCAAAAGUGAGGCCCACGUGUACCCGCAGAUUGGCCACUUCUUCUGCAACGUGCCCGAGCGCCGCGGGUUGCCGAGCCCGGACGGUGACAAGGACCGCGACCCGCUGCUGGUGGACCUGCUCGAGGAGGGCCACCAGAUCGUGUCGAAUCUGAAGUCGUUGAACCUGAAGGCACAAAGCUGCUACCGCGACUCGGAGCCGGUCAACCUGUACCACAAGGUCGGCCACGGUACGCUCGACAUGUACGUGAUCAGUCCGGCGCGGGACUCGCGCGAAGUGAAGGACUUCCUGGCCAAGUGGAACGCCGCCGACCAGCGGCUGUUUGCGGCGAAGCAGGGCAAGGACUUUGCCUUUCCGCUCCAGAACCUCGUGUCGAUCUGCGCGCUGCUCGUGUGGACACCGGCCAACCCGGACGACAACAUCACGCGCAUCCUGUUCCCGGGGUCGGCGCCCGAGUACAAGAUCCUGGAGGGGCUGGAAAAGAUGAAGGACGUCGAGUUUAUGCGCCAACCCGUGUGUCCGGUCAAGUCGAUCAGUGCCAGCCUCUCGACGCAGGUGCUCGUGACGAAGAAGACCCUGAAGGGGGUCUCGGCGACGGCCGCCGCCGACAAGAUUCUGCCCGUGGCCCGCCAGCUCGAGAAGGACAACAAACUGUUCGACAACAAGCUGAAGAUGCUGCAGCAGACGGACAACAAGCUGGCGGCGGACCCGACCGACAGCUCGGCCGACGAGUGCAAGAUGGACGGGGGCCGGCUGAGUGCGAAAACCGCAACGACGGUGGCCAAGGUCGACAGUAAACCGCGACCUAUUCGGGGAAGGGCUGCCGUCGCGGAGAAGAAGAUCGACAACCGGAAGCUCGAGCAGCAGGACGAGAAGAAGGACUCAAUCUCGGACGUCGGCUCGGACAAGGAGGAACCGGUGGCACCGGGUUCCGAUAAGAAGCCCUCGCUGGACAGCGAGAAGAGCCUCGAUGAGGCCCUGCCGGAUGGAGCGGGCGAAAAGGCGAAGGCCGAUGGCGUCGAAUCGCCGAAACCGGAAGAAGCGAAGGAGAAGAAAGCGAAGGAAGACUCUCCGACCGCUGGGCCGGGCGAGAGUGCCGGCGGUCCCCCGAGGAGUACCAAAAAACCUCCCAGCUCCCAGCGGACCACAUCGACCGCGCGCUCCAAGAUGGACAGCAAAACGCCGAAGGUUGCGGAUCGAAAGCCGGUGGCGAAGAAGCAGCCGCAGGAAGCGAGCAAAUCUUCUCCGACCACACCCAAGAAGACGCCCGUUGACCAGAAGCUUCUGAACGGAAGUGCCACGAAGGCGGAACAGGGCGAAACGGAUGUCAGGCGGGUUGCCGGAACUAAGAGCGCGGCACCGGCGAAGAACCCGUCGGGCAAGGUGGGCAAGUUCAGCCCCAAGCCGACGCCGGCCAAGAGCGCCAAGGACGAAAACAAUCGGAAGGUGCUCGAGGCACGCCAGCGACCGGCCGGCGUUGCCAAGCCCUCCGCGACUGCCCGUGGUGCGGACAAGAAGGAACUCGGAACGGCGACCAAGACGCAGGCCGAGCGGAAACCAAUCUCUCGCCGACCGAAAGGGGCGGUCUCUUCGACGGCAGCAUCGGCAGCUUCCGGCGCCGGUAGUAGCCCGGUGAAGGGGAAGAAGGUGCUGAAGUCGGAGAAGGAUGCCGUCAUCCGGAAGGCAAAGCUGGACAAGAACGGAACGACCGACUCGAGCCUCGUGUCGACACCGAGCGCCGACGAAGGAGGGGUCACGAAGCGCGUCCUCGAGGCGGCCGGUGGCGAAGCGGCCGACGGAGGGGUCACCGUCGCGGCCGGGGGUGAUCUGGAGGCGCUCAAGCAGCAACAGUUGGCCGAGCUGAAGGAAGAACAGGAAGCGGUUCGCGAAAUCGAAGCCGUCUUUAACCGAGAGUCGGCCCAGAAGGCCCAAACGCUGCUGGCCGAGCACCGCGAGGUGCAGGACAGUGCGACGGAGCCGGAAGAGGAAGAAGAGUAUCUGAUCAUCGAGAAGGAGGAACAGUACACGGAGGACUCGAUCAACGAGCUGGAGAGUAGCGCCACGAAGGAGGAAGAGAUCCAGAAGCACCAGCGCGACUCGCAGGAAUCGGAAAAGCGGAAGCGUGACAGUCUGGCGGAGGAGAAGGAGGACGACGGCGACGACGAGAAGGAAGUGGAAGCGGAGGAAGUGGCGGGUGUGCUGGUGAGUGGCCAGACGGCCGCCGUCGUGCAGAUCUGCGAGGGUGCCGACACCAAGCAGGAAGAGGAAGGCGAUGAAAAGGCGGUCCCGGAGGACCAACCGGAGGGCGAGGAUGAGCAGAUUGACCCCGAGGCGGCUGAGAAGGAUGGCCAAGAGCGCGGGGAGAGCCUGUCGCCGAAGCACAAGCAAGACCUGGAGGAGGAAGUGCAGGAGAUCAUCGCUUCGGCCAAGGAGAUCGCCAAGUCCAAGAUGGAAACCUCGAUGGACGGGCUGAAGACGGAGGAGAUCUCGUCGAUCAGUCCGGACGAGAAGAUGAGCAGCACGAAGAAGACGAGCGACACGCGGGACGAGAACGAGCUGGAACUGGAACAGGCCGAAGGACCGAAGGAGCACCUCGAGCGACCGCACGAGAGCCACCACGAGGAGCGAGUGUCGGCCACGGUCGAGUCCGGGGCGACGACGACGGCCCCGACGCUCCCGGAGGAUGAGCGCAUUCCGCUGGACGAGAUCAAAGAGGAUCUGGUGAUCGAGGAGAAGCACGUCAAGGAGGAAACAAAGGAGACCGAUGUGGCGGCGGCUGCCGCGGCUACGGGUCCCGCCACGGCAGCAGACUCGCCGUCGGCAGUGGCACCCUCUGAAAAAGCGGGACGGGACGCGACGGCCGGUUCACCUCCGGCGCAGGAACCGGUGGAACGACCGACGCCGGCCAAAAUGCAGUUCUCGGCCCAACAGGCGCACAUGCGCGACGUGGUCAAGACACCGGACGAGGUCGCUGACCUGCCCGUCCACGAGGAAGCGGACCUAGAGGAAGCCGACUACGGUGGCGACGAGAAGGACAAGACCAAGGAGAAGGACGAUGAGAAGGACCGUGACACGGCGGAGAAAGAACCGGUAGAGGAGCCCAUCGUUGCCGCGACGUCGGCGACGGCGACGAUGGCGGCCACGAAAGAGACUGAUGCAACGCAACACGAGAAGACUGAUGAACAGCAGCAGCAGAAGAGGCAAGCGGAGAAGUCGGCGGAAAGUGAUAAACCAUGUGAUACAGUGCAGGCCACCGAUGGGAAGCCACCGUCACCGUCGCCAUCGCCACUCGACAAGGACGCCAUCUUGAGGGACUUGGAGUCCCAGAUCAUCGCUCCAGAUGCUCCGGUCCAGGAGAAGGCGCAGAAGUCCGAAUCGGUUCAGCAGCUUAAGGCACAGGUCGAAGAGGAAGAACCGGAGCGUGGUGACCCGGUUCCGGUGGAGGAAGAGGUGAUCGUGGCGCAAAAGGUUGUACCGAAGGUGCCGUCGCCGCCACAGACCGUGACGUCCGUGUUGGAUGAGAUCUGGCAGACACCGGAGAAGGCGGAAGAGAAGCUGGACGAGCUGAAGCAGCUGAUCGACGAUAAGGCCAAGGCUACGGCAUCCGAGCUGGUGGCUCUGAAGGACACCAUGGUGAAGACCGUGGCCGAGAGCAAGGACGAGGCGAAGGAUGCGCUGGUGGACAUUGGCCAGGAGGUGGAAGCGAUGACCGCGGAAGCUGCUGGGGAAGUGGUGAAGGCCGCCACCGAAAAGGCCGACACGGUGAUUGGGGAGUUGCAGUCCAAGGCCAAACAGCUGGACGACGAACUGAAGGUGACCGCCCAGAAGAUGGACGAGAAACUGGAGAGCGCCGUGGCCGGCGCGUCGCAUGUGGCCGCAAAGGCCGACGAGGCACUGGCCACGAUCGUGGCCGAAACGAGCGAACUGGAACGGAUGGCCCGUGAUCUGAAGCAGGAAGUGGUGGCGCAGCUGGACGAUACGAAGCAACAGCUGGAAGCGAACCUGGCGAAGGAAGUGGACAAGGUCCAGGAGAAGGCCAAAUCGGGCAUAAGCUCCUUCUUCGGGGGCAUCACCGAUGGGAUCCGGAGUGGCAUCGAGAAGGUGGCGGACAAGAUGGAGACGAAGCUGAAGGACAAAACGGACCAGGUGGAAGCCAAGCUACAGCAGGUGACGGAGAAGGUUGACCAGGUGGUGGCCGCCGCGGAGCAGCCAAGCUACCAAGCGUUCGGAUACGAGCGGAGCUACACGCAGGAACUGCGCGAAACGCACAUCACGACCGUGGACUCGCCGAUCGCGGAGGGUGACAAGCUGGCGGAGCUGAAGUCGCUGGUCAGCAUCCCGCAGGACAUCGACGAGGACAAGGAGCUGGAGGAGCUGGAGAACAAGAAAACGCUGGGAACGUUCGUGAUCGAGGACGUCAAGUACAGUGCGUUCGAGGACGCGAACUUGCGCGAGAUCAAGGAGGAAGAGGAAGAGGAUCGCGUGUCGCCGCCGCAGGGCUCGGAAAAGCUGGGCACGGUCAGCACGAUGCCGGCCCGUGCCCGCACUCCGGAGGACGUGGCGAAGAUUGUGGCGAACGUGGCCGAGGUGCUGAAGUCAGACAAGGACCUGGAGGAGAUCAUUCCCGGGUUCGAUCCGCAGGAACUGGAGCGGAAGCUGUCGCAGGGUGGACCCCGUGAGGAGGACGUCGGUACCGUCCAGCGGAUGCUGGUGACGGCCAGCAGUGAGGACGGUGGCGAAGAGACGGUCAUCUGUCCCGAGGGAACCAUCACGUUCUCCAAAUCGGCAACGCCGGAACCGGAGCGAGUUUCGGGAACGACCACUCCCGAGAUCAAGGUCCACGAGGAGGAGGAGGACGGCGAGGAGGCAGUGGAACCGGCGGCUACGAAAGCGACCAGUGAAGUGUCGGCAAAGUCGGUCGAAGAAAAGGCCAGUCCUCCGUCGUCUGGAAAAUCGUCUCCGGAUCUGAAAACAUCCCCAACUUCGAUCGAAGAGAAGGACAAACAUGAGCUUCCGGAGAAGGUGGUUCCGUCCUCGGUGGUGGACGGCGCGAAAAAGACACCCGAGAUCGCGACAGCCGUUGGUGACGUGCGGAAGGAAUCGUUGGCGGACCAGUACGAUCACAUCGACGACACGCGGCGUGAGUCGGCCAUCAGCACGUUCAGUGAGCGGGAUUAUACCAAGGACGAGAGCUCCAUCGUCGACGAGUGCCGGGACUCUUCGCGAGCCCAUUCCAUCUCCAGUCACAUCAGUGACCUGAAGGAGGACUCGGCGGAUCUGAAGUCGGUGAAUGACUUUUUGAAGGAAUCGGAAGAAACGCUCACCACCGAAGUGUUUGCCGACGAAGGAAAGUCCAAGGAACUAUCCAGCCCGGAGUCGGUCACCAGCCAGAGGACGGUCAGCGAGAAAGAGCCUCAGGGUAAGCCGAAACCGUCCGACGAAAAGGAAGUGGCGAAACAGUCCGAACCGAAGGGCGCGUCGAAGCCGGAAUCUAAGGAACCAUCUCGGCCGGAAUCGGUCGCCAGUACGCCAGGGGACGAUACCGCAGCGCCAGAGAAGAAGAAAGCAGGCUCUCGUCCGCCAUCGGCGGCCGAUGCCAAAGUGGACGCGAAAACGGAAGACAAAGAAGGUUCACGGCCAGCAUCCGUCAUCGAUGGUAAGCCGGCAUCGGAAAAGUCCGACACUUCUCGUCCUCAGUCGGUUAUGAGUGACAAGGCUCCGUCCGAUAAGUCGGCCGACCUCAAGGGAGAACCGGAAAAGGAUGAAGUCAAAUCGACAACUCCAGUUAAGGACGUUUCAGAUCAGGACUUGAAGGUCGAACAAAAGGAAAGCUCACGGCCAACAUCCGCAGCCAGUGAAAAAGACUCCUCACGUCCUCAAUCAGCGAUCGACGAGAAAGCUCCAUCAGAGAAGUCAGUUGAUCUGAAGGCUGAGUCCAAGGAAACUUCCCGUCCGCAGUCUGCGAUCGACGAGAAAGCUCCGUCAGAGAAGUCACUUGAUCUUAAAGCUGAAUCGAAGGACGGUUCACGGCCAGCAUCCGCAGCCAGUGAAAAGGACUCCUCACGUCCUCAAUCAGCGAUCGACGAGAAAGCUCCGUCAGAGUUCGCCGCCGGCAGCAAGACACCGCCGACGGCGCCAAUCAGUCCGAACGUCGGAGCGAAGGAUGUUCCGGUCACUGGUUCCGUCGGAGGUUCCGUCGCUCCGCCGCCGGCGUCGUCGGAGGCGAAGGCGAAAGACGAUGUUUCUGGUAUCUCAACACCUAAAGAGUCUGUACCAUCCGGCAAGUCGAGCCCGGGGCUGAUGUCCGUGCACACGGGUAGUACAGACAGUGCGUCCAAAUCGCUCAACUUGGGCCACAGUUCAGGUGUUGAGACAUCAGAGUCAUCGCCGAAGCCCACGUCGCCCUUCCCGAAGGUAGUGGACGCCCUGAAGGUGGACGAAACGCGCACCACCUCCGGCAUGAGCACCCCGGACAUGACGCGCUCGUCGACGCCCGACAUGGGCGACUCGCAGAUCGAACGCAUAGCGCCGUCGACCGCCGGUGACUCCCAGACCACGACGGUCACCACCACGACCACCACCAAGACGACGACCUACAUCGUCCGGGACGGUGAGAAGAUCGAGGUAGACUCCAGUGUCCACAGUGACACGGUCAGCGAAACCAAGCAGCAGGAGGUGGAGCCGGCCAAAGCUCCGUCCGUCGCGGUCCCGGGUCAGCUGACUCUGGCCAGCACGGAAGAGCGCAGUCUGACGGAGGAUUACGACGAGAAGGACGUCCUUUCGCCCCGUUCGGAUAUCUCGUCCGGUCAGGCAUCGCGCAUUGUGGCCGGUUGGCACGACGAGGAUGUACCCGGGUCGCCGAUGAGCGUCACGUCGCAGGCACCGCUCUCGCCGAGCACCAAGUACACGUACGACUACGAUCUGCAGCACUCGAGCUCGGGCGUGAGCAAGAAGUCGGAAUUCGAGAUCGACGACAGCCAGGAUGACGUUCCGCCCCAGUACGGCAGCGAGGAGGUCAAGUCGGCCGUCCCCUAUAAGCCCGAUCCGAUGAGCACUUCCUUUUACGGUCAGCUCCCGGACGUAACGCCAGCUGCCUCCGCCGCCACGGCCACGGCCACCACUCGCUCGAUCCCGAUUCCGAUUGCGGCCGGCAAAGGGAAGGCGUACGUGGAGUACGCCUCGAGCGGGGACAGCGGCGGCGAGCACGUACCUACUGGACGCAAGUACCUGGACGAGGCCGAUCUGGACUUUGAGAAAACGUUCCGCAAGACGGACGACCUCAUGACCACGUCGAUGCACUUUGCGAGCGAGAAGGAAUUCAUGGCGGCGGCCGUGGCCACCACCAAGGCCGCUCCGGCCGCAAAGAUCGAGAUGGACUUUACAUCCACGGGACUGCCGUCGUCCGUCACGACCACGGUGACGGCUCAGCAGAGUGUCACCGUGGCCCCGCCAGCCCCAGCCACAGCCCCUGCGCAAACACAAUCGCCAGCAAUGACGCAAUCAGAACCGCUAACGCAAUCAGUGGCCACCACGCAGCCGUCCUCGUCGGAUGUGAAGGGCGUCCUGGACUCGUGGGGUAAGCCACUCGGUCUCCCGUCACCGGCCCCGUUGGCGGGCGAGGCGGACAACAAGACGACGCCGAAGAAGGAACGCCGGAUGCUGAUGAGCAAAACGCGGCUCAACAACGAGAAGAACCUGCGCCGUCGGGCCGAAUCGCCGAGCAAGGCCAAGAAGCACAGCCCCGUGUACGUGGACCUGUCGUACGUGCCGCACCACGGCAACUCGUACUACGCCAACGUCGAGUUCUUCAAGCGGGUCCGAGCCCGGUACUACGUGUUCUCCGGCACGGAACCGAGCCGGGAGGUGUACAACGCCCUGCUGGAGGCCAAACAAACCUGGGAAGAUAAAGAACUAGAGGUAACUAUCAUCCCGACGUACGACACGGACGUACUGGGCUACUGGGUGUCGGAGAACGAGGAGCUGCUGGCCAAGUACCACAUCGAUCUGUCCCCUUCGGCGGCACGGUGUACCAUCAACCUGCAGGACCACGAAACGUCCUGCUCGGCGUACCGGCUCGAGUUCUAG